CUUUUUGUUUUUGAGAAAAUGUCCUAUCAAGUUAUUUAGUAAUUACUAAUAAGAAAAUUAUAGAAAGAAAGAACGAAUAAGCACUGCAUCAACGUUGACAAAACAAGGUUUCUUACAGUAUCCUCUCCCUCCAAUUCCUUAUUUCCUCCAUUUAAUUCAUAAUAUCGAAAUUUGAGAUUCACACGAAACCAGACCAAUUACCCUCUCACAUUUUUAUCAAACAAAAAUAAAAAUCUCAAUAUAAAUGUUGACUUUAGCUACUUGCUAUCUCCUUCUUUAUCAUCGAAUUCUCUUCUCCUAAAAUCCUGUGUCAGAAAAUAAUCAUCUCUCUCUCUCCUUUUGUUUUCUCUCUCUAUAGAAUCUUUAUUAUUUUUGAAUUUUGAUUCUGUCUGCUCCUCCUGUUCCUGUUUGGUUACGGGAUGAGCUAAACACCACUGCCAGUACCGCUAACAUGCUAACUAAUUAAACUUGAGCCUUUACAAAACAGAAAAUGACCAUGGACCGAACUUCACCACCCGAAUCUCCGGCCCGAGACCCCAAGUCCUUCAUAGUACUUUCCAUCGAGUGUCUCAAGGGCAGUUCAAAAGCCGAUGAAUGGACUGGAGACAUGCUCCAGACGGGAGAUAUAGUUGAAGAAAUCAGGAUCGGAUCCGGUUCGUCGUCAGGAUCCGGUUCGUCUUUUCAGUCCUUUAAAGCUCCGUUCAAAAACGGAAAGACUGGGGUCCAAAAGAUUCUUCAUACUUCGUCUAAAAAUAAAGAGACUUCGAUUCUUAUUCGAGUCAGGCGCGGCCGAGACGAGUUAGCGGAGUUGCAUGCGUGUAUCGUGCCUGAGUCCGGGUCUAGAAGGCAGUACAUUUUGAGAUCUAUUUCUGAUCCCAAUUACACUGUCGGCUUUGUUGAUCGCUCUGAGGCCGACUGCUUUGAAUUGCAAGCUUCAAGAAGCUCUAGAAUAGUCAAUGCACUAUCCAGGGCUACACUUCAAGAUGGGUAUGUCGCCUAUCCAUGGAUGAAGAAGAUGCAGGAGGUGCUUUCUGUUCCUAAUUCAAGCAGUUUCCUUUCUCUACUUCUCCUUCCCAAAGUUUCAGAUCGAGUUGCUUCUCGCUACAAUGACUUGGAGGACACUUUGGCCAGGGCAAAUACAUGGCUGUAUGCUUCUCAGGCCUCCGGGGUCCCUAUUGUUUUCAUGAAUAUUCAAACUGAGUCCCUGCUUACAAAGAUAUCUGGAGAGAUAGCCUCUGCUACUGUGAAUGCUGGAUCAUUAUCUGAUUUAUCUAAUCUAGCGCAUGUAAGUCUGUAUGGAUUUGAGGAUUACCAUGGGGUUGACAUUGGUGUUGUUAGAGCAGUCCGUCUCUGGUAUGCGCCUCUAUCCGGAGAAUUUGCAGUAGAAAUGAAAAUAAGAGAAAGUGAUACAAAGCUUGGUUUUGCCAUUAGCCGCACAGAAGAGGGAUUUGUUUACGUCUCAUCAGUUAUUGAUAGUGAUGAAAGCACUCCCUCAAUGAGGUCAGGGCUCAAUAACCUAUACAAAGAAGCAACAAGUGCUUCUAGAUUGCUGGUUGUCUCGCGAGUAGCAAACCAGAAGGUGCUUCCUUGGAUGGUUUCUUCAACAGGAGCAAUACGAUGCUAUGACACUGUUUCACUCAGCCAAAAACUUUCACUGCAUCGGCAUGCUAAGAUGCCUAUCCUUAUCCAUGUAUUCUCAUGGGACGGAGCACUGGCUUCUCCGAGUACAGGCGGUGCACGGCAUAGGUCUAUCUCAUAUCCUGUUAUGCCAUUGCCACCUGAAAUUCCACUGGGAAGACAAACUAAUGAAAAUGAAGUGCUUCAUUCGCCACCUGGGAUUCAGUUGGCACGCCAUCCUAAUGAGAAUCAAGUAGUACCUUUGCCACCUGAUAUUCCAAAUGAAAGUAGAGUUGUUAGGGAUGAGGGACAGAUUAUGCUUGAGCGAGACACAGCCGGGGAAGCGUCCUUUAGAUUCCGUGAUUUUUCAAUUCCGAACAACUGGGUAUAACAUUUUCUUCAGUAGACACUGUGUACAUACUGAGGCCAUUCAGAGAUAGCUCAGUCUAGAUACUUGGGAAUAAGGUUCUAGACCUAUAUAUUCAUACCUUACAGUGCAUAUAUCACUAAUUACGCGUCCCUUAUAUGCUACAUGAAUACUGUCAGCUUGGCAUUCCCCUUCUUGUACCUGUUCUAUCUUAUUGUAUCCGGACAAUCUUCAGUUUGCAAAUUGAGAUUGUUUAUUUUCUUUUGUUAAAAAAAAAGAAUUAAGCUUGGCAAUAAAAUAUUCUUUCCUGA